ACCCUGAAAGGAACCGCAACCGAUUCGAUUCCGAAGUCACUUCCGCGUGUGUUUUACGUCGAGCUCGUGUCAAAUAAAUUAAAACACCAAGAACCGAUACGCCGCAAUGGACCGAAAGCCCAUUGAAGCGAUAUUGUUUGAUUUAGACAACACACUCAUUGAAACUGCACUUGCAUCCCGUGUUGCAAUAGAAAAGACAAACGACUACCUGCAGAAGACACGGGGCCUUGAUGACGUCAGCUUGGGCCACAUCAGUGAAAAGUUCAAACACAAACUGCAGCACGAGACCUUUGACCCAACGUCAGGCGGCUCUAUAGACGAGCUGCGGGUGGACCACUGGGAGCAAAGCAUCCAGGAGGUCGCCGGCAGUUGUACCAGAUCGUUGGCUGAUAAAUGCUACUAUCUCUGGAAAAGCAGCCGUUUGGAGCUUCUCAGCCUCAGCCCGGAGACAUGCGCCCUGCUGGAGGCUCUGAGAACUAGAUACAAACUGCUUCUGCUCACCAACGGGGAGACUCAGACGCAGAGAGAAAAGAUAAUCGCGACGAAUUGCGAGAAAUUCUUCGACUUUAUCGUAGUGGGAGGUGAAUUUCCGGAGCAGAAGCCGGCUGUUUCCAUCUUCAACCACUGCUUCACAGUGCUUGGCGUAGAGGCGAAGCGUUGCGUGAUGGUUGGGGACUCUCUGGAUACAGAUAUACUGGGGGGCUUUGAUGCUGGGGUGCGAGCUACGGUUUGGAUUAAGAACUCUGGAGCGUCGCAAGACGUAUGUACAGCGAAACCCGACUAUACCAUUCCUACUGUGCUAGACUUGCCGGGCAUCUUGGUGGAAUUGAAUGAAUAUAAUGUACCUUAGGUGCAGAAGGAC